AUGCCGCGAGUCAAGCCCGCCUGCGUCCGCCGCGUCUCCAUCGGUGACAGUUCCGGCUCAUGCUCGGAAGAAGAAAUAAACCAUGUCUUACCUGAAGAUCCGAGAGAACGGCCAGAUGCACACAUGUGCCCACGUUGUCAAGAACAAUUCGAAAAUAUUCAUGAUUUCUUAUACCACAAAAGAGUUUGCGAUGAGAAGGCAAUGCAAAUGGGCGAAGAGAGAAUGCACUCUGAUCCAGAGGAAAUGGUUGUUUCGGGGGACGAAGAGAUGGAUGGGCCGAACAAACGUUUAGAACAAGUACGAAGGCAUCGACAAGAUGCUGAAAACAAUAACAGUCUUGAAGAUGGCGAGGCGGAAGUACCUGAAGCUGACGUACCGCCGGUGGGACUCCCCUUCCCAGUAGCCGGUCACGUAACGCUGGAAGCCUUACAGAACACGAAAGUGGCUGUAGCUCAAUUUGCCGCAACGGCAAUGGCAAACAACGCUGAUAAUGAAGCGGCUUUACAUGAGCUUGCUGUUUUACAAAGCACAUUGUUUACACUGCAACAUCAGCAAGUGUUUCAACUGCAGUUAAUUCGUCAACUACAAAAUCAACUGUCGCUAACGCGACGGAAAGAUGAACAGCGCCCAAGCCCUCCGCCCAAUGAACCAGAGCCAGUAGUGCCUGCGCCUCCGGCUCCAUCGCCGUCACCGCCUCGUCCGCCACGGGAGCCAUCUCCUCCUGUACCUACUCCUCCUACAAGCCAAAACUUGCCGUCGACCCAUUCGCAUCUUACGCCAAAAACGGAACCAAUUACCAUUCCUAAGCUUCCGACCUCGUCACCACCUAUGAUGAGUCAUCCACCCUACAGUUCCAUAUCGUCAUCGUUAGCAUCUUCCAUAAUCACAAAUAAUGAUCCACCGCCGUCCUUGAAUGAGCCCAACACUCUCGAAAUGCUUCAAAAACGAGCACAAGAAGUACUUGAUAACGCUUCGCAAGGUUUGCUGGCUAACAACCUUGCCGACGAGCUUGCUUUUCGUAAAUCCGGAAAAAUGUCACCGUAUGAUGGAAAAUCUGGAGGGCGAAACGAACCUUUCUUCAAGCAUCGCUGCCGAUACUGCGGGAAAGUUUUCGGCAGUGACUCUGCACUACAAAUCCACAUUCGUUCGCACACAGGUGAAAGACCUUUUAAGUGUAAUGUGUUAUGCCAUCGAGUCCUAUCUUGUAAAAGUGCUUUACAAAUGCACUAUCGAACACAUACCGGUGAACGACCGUUUCGAUGCAAGCUCUGUGGUCGAGCUUUUACAACUAAAGGUAAUUUAAAGACCCAUAUGGGUGUCCAUCGCAUUAAACCACCAUCACAAAUGUUACAUCAAUGUCCAGUUUGUCAUAAAAAGUUUUCUGAUCCCACCAUACUUCAUCACCACAUACGGCUUCACACUAGUGACCGAGGUAACAUUUCCUUCGACCAGGUCCGCGGUAUUGAAGUCAACUAUUUUCCUCAAUUCAGUCAUACUUCCGAUGCCAGUGAAUUCACACCCUACCGACCCAUCCUACCAUCUAUGUUUCCUACUCCGUCCACUCCCGGCGACCGACGGGCGGACUCCCGCGGAACCGACGAUGAGAGCGGCCGGGACGAGCGUGAGCCCGCUACUCGGGAGUUCGACGACGACUCAGAUAUGAAGGAUCGUCGAACUUCGCCGCUCUCCGUCUGCGCCUCGGCGUCCGAAUGCGAAGUUAAAACCAUCACAACAACGGCUUCCCUCCCAUCGGCGACAGGUUCGGAGAGCGGGCGGAGCGCGCGGGCUUCGCCGCCGUCGCCAUCGCUGUCGUCGCUGUCGACGCCGCCGCGGCUGCCACAGCACUCGCCGCUGCCUUCACCGCCCACACCUCUUGCUGCGCUCGGUGCUCUCGGUGGAUCGCCCUUCAGCCCACUCGGACUCGCGUUUCCUCCCGCAGUGCGCGGCAACACAACGUGUAACAUCUGCUACAAGACAUUCGCCUGCAACUCUGCUCUGGAGAUCCAUUACCGCAGCCACACUAAGGAACGACCGUUCAAGUGCACUGUCUGCGAUCGUGGAUUUUCUACAAAGGGAAAUAUGAAGCAACACAUGCUGACGCACAAAAUACGCGACAUGCCUCCCGGCUUUGACAAAGGGGGUAAUGGACCAAUGGGACCUAACGAGGAAUCUCGAGAGCCUAGUCCGGAUAGACGUUCGUCCCCUGACAAGAUGGACCUCAAGAGGUCUCCACCCGCUCACCCGCCUCCACCUAUGACACACGCUCCGCCGAUCGACAUGCCACCGCUGCCGAAACGACCGACCGUACCAAGUACGCCAACCCACCAACCACCGUCAGCGUCCUCGAAACACUUAUGCGGAGUAUGUCGCAAAAACUUCUCAUCAUCGUCCGCGCUCCAAAUCCACAUGCGCACUCACACGGGCGACAAACCCUUUCGCUGCGCUGUCUGCCAAAAAGCUUUCACCACAAAAGGGAAUCUUAAGGUGCACAUGGGAACGCAUAUGUGGAGCGGUGGAGCGUCGAGACGCGGGCGUCGUAUGUCGCUGGAGCUGCCGCCACGCCCCCUACACGAACCGCACGACCUGCUUCGACGGCCUGACCUCUUCUACCCGUACUUACACGCGCCCUUCCUUAACGGCAUGCAGCAAAAGCUGAAUGAGAUAUCAGUAAUACAGCAGAGCGCCGGGCAGAAUGGCGUCGCAGCCAAGUUCCCGGGACUGCUCGGUUUUGGUCCAUUUGGCGCAGGUCGGCCUGGCGCAGCGUCACCGCUUGAACGACCGCCAUCUUUGGAGGGUGGCGAUGAGAGACAAGCGGCAAUGCGAGAACUAGCAGAACGCGGCCGGGAACUCGCCGAGCGAAGUCGCCAAAUGCGCGAGGAAAGCGAACACUACCGCUCACCACCAGCUCUCGCGCCCCAUCAGCCGCCCUCCGCACAGCCCUCCCCACCUACCCCCCACCAUCCACUCCCCCACUCGCUAGCCUCACUUCCACCCCCAGCCAGGACUGAAGGCCUAACCGUCUAA